CCUUUCCUCCUGUUUUACUUUGCAUUUGUUUUGCCCUCUUUUAUUGAUCUGUUGAUUUUGUUCUCUUGUUUUUGGAUCUCAUAUAUAUUCAAAGUUCACGAUUUUUGGGUGGUUUUGGUUUGCUUUGUGUCCUUGAGAAAUGAAAGAUUUGAGCUUGUUGGAGUAAUCAGUAUCUAAUGUUCAUUGGCAAAGAAAAUUUCUUUUUGUCAAAUAUUCUCUUGACUUUUUUGUUCUUUACUCACAAAAUCUUUUGUCAUUUAAGAUCCUCUUGAUAGUUGAGUAUGAGAGAUGGGAAUUCCUCAAAAAAUUCCAACCCCUGCUAAAACAAUGCGAGAACAUGAUUUUGAUGGAUGGAAGUUUGCAAUGCAAGAUCCUCAAAUAGUAACAGGCAAGGAAGCUCCCCAACAGAGGUCACGGAAGAAGAAAGCAUUAUCCCAGGUGGCAUCUGCCAGUCAGAUGAAAGAGGUUCCUAAACACUCCCUGAAGACACAAAAAGGAUCAAAGAAGAACCUGAAGAAUGAAAUCACUCCACCUUUCCACCAUUCUGAUAGAUCCACUUCUGAUUCAUUUCCUGAUUCCUCAGGGCUCAGUGAUGAAUACAGGGCAUUGAGGCGCAAGUAUCUGUUGUUGGAGGAGGAGAGCUUUUCUCUGGGGAAAGAACUGGGUGAUGUUGAAAUAGAAGUUAAGACUCUUGAAGAUGAGAAGUAUGCACUUUUGGAUCAGCUGGUUGUCUUAGAAGGUCUCAUUGAUCCUUCGGAGCUUCAGGCCAAAGUUGGCUUGUAAAUUGCAACUCAUUGUAGAUACACAAUACAGUUGCCAGAUCACUAUGGCUUUUACUUGCCUGUAAGUCACGUAUAUUAGUAUUUGUGAUCAACUAUUUUUAUCCUUUUGUUCAUGCUAAUCUCCAGGUUUUUUUUUUUGUC